AAUUAGUCGUCUUUUUUCCGCCAUAAUUUACAAUUUUUCUCCUCCUCCUCCAUGAAUCCAUCUUCUUCCACUCCAUAUCCCCUUUACAUUCAAAACCCUAAUUACCAACUUCCCAACCAUACAAUUCCUAAUUAUCAAACUCCUAAUCCAAAUUUCCCAUUCCACCACUCUCUUCCCCAACCACCGCCACCCCCACCACAACCGCCACAACUUACUCCGAUCACCACCAACACUCCAAUUACCGAUAUUUCCAGUACACUAUCUUGUCUAUCUAAUCUCAUCCAUCUCUCACAACGAACCCUAGAUUCCUUUUCUGCACUUGUACUAAACCCUAAUAGCACCAGUAAUAACAAUAAAAAUGACAAUUUUAUUUCAUGUCCGUACAAUCCCAACCACCUCAUGCCGCCAGAGUCUCUUUUUCUCCAUUCUCUUCGCUGCCCAUCUCCUCUUUUCGAAGACCCAGUUGCCCUAAUUGAUUCUCUUCAUUACCCAAAAACUUUAAACCUUAAAAACCCAUUGAAAACAGCCCAAUUUAAUAAUGACCCAGUCAAUAAAAACAGUGAUUUGUGCUUGUCUUUAGAUGGUUUUUGCAGUGAGUUUGGUUCUAAUUUCUUUUACAAGGACUGCCCCGGUGUAGUUGAAUUUAACGACUUAGAUAGCUUAGAUAAAAGUUUCACAUUGCCUGGUGUUUUAUCUGUUGAAUGUGCUAAUUUUGUUGAUAGAAUUGAGGAUGAUUUUAAGGGUUUUGAUCGAAAUGAGUUUAGAAUUUUGCCGUCGGAUCUGUGGUUUAUUAGGAGAGAAGUUGAGGGUUGGGUUGAUUGUCCUAGCGUGUAUUCUUAUGGUGUUUUUUGUGCUAUUUUAAGGUUACAUUUUGUUAAAUGUAGUGACUUAAAGAUGUGGGUUAUUGCUAAUUCUCCGCGUUACGGUGUUGUGACUGAUGUGUAUAUGAGGGAUCAUAUUUAUCUGCUUUUACGGCUUUGUUUAAAUGCGAUUAAAAGAGAAGCUAUGAGCUUUGUAUGUCAUGGGAUUAAUGUGAAUUUGAAUUUUAGCUGUCCUGUUUUGGCUCAAGUUUUUAUGUGGAUCGUGUCUCAGCUUUCGGUUUUAUAUGGUGAGGGAAAUGCUAAUGGCUUUGUUAUUCAUAUUCUAAGGCAAUGUAUAUUAGAGGUUUCCAAUGGAGUUUUACUUCCCCUGGAGGCAAAUGUCACUGAAAGAUCAGCCGAGAAUGGUGAUGGGAGUGAUGUAAGAGGUGUUAAACUUCAAGAGCCUGUGGAAGGAAGUAUAGAGUGUAAAAUGGACAGAGAUGUGAAUGCAAGUGUUGAUGAGGAGGUAAUUUUUGUGUCCCAGGUAGCAGCUUCUGUUGCAGCUUUGCGUGAGCGGGCCUUGCUAGAAGCAAGGAUUAAGCGAUUACGGAAUUAUCAUCCACCACCAAGAUAUAUGCGGAUGAACGAGCAUACUUAUGUAUCAAAAAGAGCGGAGGACGAGCGUAAGAAGCGUUCUAACUACAGAGCUAUUAUUGAUCAUGAUGGCCUGCCUCGCAAGCAAUUAAGUAAUGAGGACGCAGGCAAGAUUAAGACAAGGGAGGAGUUGUUGGCUGAAGAAAGGGAUUACAAACGCAGAAGAAUGUCAUACCGCGGGAAGAAGUUGAAAAGGACAACUUUGCAGGUUAUGCGAGAUAUAAUAGAAGAAUUUAUGGAGGAAAUCAAAAAAGCUGGAGGGAUUGGUUGUUUUGAGAGUAGAGCUUCAGAGGAAGGCGUGGUGCUCCAACCUUCUGUUUCUUCUGAUAUUACAACAGGUGAUAACGAAUAUAGAAAAAACAGUGGCAAGUCUGCUGAAACAAGGAGAGUAACUUCAGGUCAUUACGGGAACCAUUCAUACUCUGAUCAUAACAUCAGAUCUACGAGCUCCAAGGAUGCUACAAAUCGAGAUUAUGAGCAACGCGGAAAAAGCCAUCAUAGGCAUCUUGAACAUGUAGAAUAUCAGAGAAGAAACCGUCACGAUAGUCGUGGUACCGAUGACCAUUCUGGAAGUUCGAAAAGGCAGAGAAGCCAUGACUCAUUGCAUGAGCAGAAUAACCGCCAAAGUGAACGAGAUGGAGUGGAAACCAACAUUUUCAAGCGUCGUGAGAAAAAAUCUUCUGACAAGUCCGAUUAUUACAGUUACGGGUCAGAUUUGGCGAAAAAUCCAAGUGCACGAAUUUAUCAUGAGAAAGCAGUUGUUAAGGACAGGCACCUAAGGAACUCUGAUGGGAUUCAUAGGUCCAAAUUUCUAGGAAAAAAUGCAUUUGAGGAUAGAUACAACCCUGCAGAAUCUCAUAAAACCAGCGAAGACGAUGUCUACUCUGGACAACAAGCAUAGCAGUCCAGAAGAGUCAUUUAGGUUAGCAGCUCUUCUGCAAAGUCUUGGGAAAUUCUGUGACUACCAAUUCCAUGAUUACCUAAAUAUAAGCGGUUUUUUGAUGUGGGUAGGAAGUGAUCGGGCUUCAGCAGUUUUAUCUACAGCUGUAUCCUUCUAUGUAUCCUUUAGUGUUCUUGUUUUCUUUGUGGUUCUUUGGCAUGGACUCUUUUGUUUAACUUGCUGGAGCAUCAUUAUACUAUAGCAAUACUAGCUUUUAGUAUAAAUACAUUUUCUAUUUAUAUAUUUUUAAGACAUUAGAAUUAUCGUCUUGCAUACUUCAUUUAAGAUCACGAAAUCUACUCUGAGAGAAGAAGAAAUUGUUUGCAAAGGGUAAGUGAUUCACUAGGUUCUACAUAUCAAGUUUGACUCACCUAGGUGUUCUAUGAUGAAUGGUCGAAAUACGAUCCCAUGGCAGUCACUUUUAUGACUAAAUUCAGUCGUAGAUUGAUAUUAGUAAGGUGUCGUUUUCGGUAAGAGGACUGUACAAGUCCUUGUUAAUGGGCGGUACGCAAGCGGCAAGUUGAGGCAGACCAGGAUUUUAAGAGGCAAUGUGGCAGGACAUGACUUGAGGAAACUUCAAUCUAACACCAAGAGAUAAUUAUAUCAAUUAUAGAAUAUCGAGUGUAUUUGAUGUCCUAGGAAGAUUUGUAUGAUGUGGCGCUUUGUGUACAGAACAUUUAAUGUAUUUAUCUUUCUUUA